GAAGAUGCUUAUUGAGGGUUAAGUAACGUGUCCCCGCCACCAGUUUAUUAGUUAACAAUGUGAUGAGUGGGUAUGGCUGCUUUGUGGAUUGUGUGACUGUGUAGAAGAGGUUUAAGCCUAAUGAUUCAGAUGGGACAGGUACGGCUGAAACACGUGGUGUUGUUCCUACUACUCUCCCACCAGUUUAUUAUGACGUCAGCAGUGGUGACUAAUAACAGACUUCUACUGGCUGUCGGACUAGCUACGGGUGCAAUAUUGUCUUCUUAUAAUGGAAGCUAUGAUUGGUCACCAAGUACCCUCGCUGUGCUCACCGCCAUCAUCCUCGUUACCUUGCUGCCAACUACGAUCAACAAAGACAUUGCUUUUCAAUCACCGUUGGUUCCAACUGCGCAAGCGCUCUCUGGCCGAAUAGAAAAUUCGAAUACGGACUCCUCCUCCUGCACUGCCCCUGGAUACAGUCUACAUCCUGUUCUGGGUUGCAUCAAGUUGUCCACAUCGACUACAGCUCUCACCCCGGAACAGUGGGUGGCUAAGUGUGCUGAAGACGGCGGUAAACUCAUUCUAAUUAACUCGGCAACGGAAAAUCAGGCACUGGUUGAUUUUCUUAAGAGUGACCCCAAGGAUGUAGUCAUACAAGGCAGCAGGGUGAGCGUUAGCAGCCCGUGGACGACGGACGACGGACAGCCGCUCCCCUUCGUCGGCGAGUUCCAAGGGAUCUCAAACCUUGCUGGUACACUACGUAUCAUCUUCACCUCCUCUGGGAAAUGGGCCAGUGUCAACCCUACAAAUGUAUUUCCCAAUGCUGUAUGUGAAAUACCGGUAUGAGACUCAA